CCUAGCCUGUGUUGCUCCAUUGCACUACUACUGUGUACUGUUAAUUUUUCAUUAUUUUUUGAGUUUUUAAUUCCAAACACCGUCGUAGCACAUAUCAGUCUACGUUUUAAUUUCCUUCCACCAGUCCAAUUUGAUUCCAUUUUUUGUUUCUUUCUUAUUCCGUCCUGAUAAAAUUGUGAGAGGUUCAAAUUUGGCUUGUCUAUUUGAAAAUUUCAACAGCCUAUCUGACAACUUCUUGUUUUUUUUGUUCGCUUGGAUUUUUUGAUAUGGUUUUUCUGGGUGGGGAAUAAGUUUUAGUUGAACUGAUUUUCGUCUGAUUUUUGUCCCUAGGAAUCAAAGCAAGUUAAAUACCAAUCAGCAAUCAAGUGUCAAAUGGUCUUCGUUCUAAGAUUUCGUUCAGAGAAAUGGACAAAUCAUUUUGAAUUCGAACAAUUCCGUUUUGGUCGUCAAAAAUUUAUUCUAAAAAUACAGAAUUAGUGAUUAGAUGGGUUUUGCCCUUGUAAUUCUUUUGUCCUAACUGCAAGUCGUAUUCUCGCUUUUGGACAGUUUGAAUUAGAUUUAACACCAGCACAACAUUGUAACCCAUUGCUAACCGUGACGUGAUUAUGAUUGGAAAGGGAAUUAGAGGCUCCUAAAUUCAUUAUUACUCUAUGCACCAUUGUGAUAUUUUAUACAAGAGACUUACCUUCGCUUUUCCAUACCAAUGUACAAUACAAACCUCAUGAACAACACAAAACGGCAAUGGUCAUUACGGUUGUGCAGUUUUGCACUUCGCUUAUGAUCAGCAGCAUCCAAUGUGUUACAAGUGGUCAAUUCACAAUUCAUUCGACACGAAAUUUGUUCACUUUUGUUUUACGGUGCCCACUUAACAUGCCAUAACCAUUGCUUCUUCCCCAAUACAUUAAAUGGGCAUAGCCGCGCCCAAUCAGAAUAGACUGAAGUACAAUCUGCACCGCCUCCCUUCCUUUCUCUUUUGGACAACAGUGUGCAAUGGCUUAUAGCUCUGCAAUGCUCCUAUGUUUAUGCUCGGUGUUCUCUAUUCUUCUAGCAUCCUUCGGAAGUAAUCGCUCAAAACAUUCCACCUUAUUCCAGCCGCAAAAGUCUCAGAAGUAGAGGUGCCGCAGUCAUUUUAUAACUAUUGGUUGCUAAGCAUCUAUUAUACCACGCGACUACAUUUGCUUUUUUAUUUCUAUUUGCAAUAUUAUCCGAAAUGAACACUAGUAAAGAUGUAUUUCUUUUAAAAUAUCCAGGGCUCUGUUAUAACUGACCUGAAGUAUUUUGCUUUGAUUUCAUUGAUAAUUGUGUUUUCAAUUAAAACUGGAUCGGGUUCAAGUUUUCAAUUGAAACUGGAGCGGGUUCAAAAUUCGGCGGGGUCAAGUUUGAGUCAGAGUCUUGGUUGCGACGAUUUAAUUGACCGCACCUGAUGUUGGUGUUGUUUAUUAUUUGAUGAUUACUUGUCUAAUAUGAGUAGUGGCAACUUGCUACAAGCGGCCGCCAGCAAUUCGUACCAUGUGCCGUCGCCUAAAUCUCUCAGCCACGCCUCAAGGGGCCACAGUCAUUCAGGGUCCCACUUGGACAAACCAAGUCCCCCUUUGACCACUUUCGUGGGAUACUCACCGAUUAAAAUGCAUCCCCAAAACAACCAUUAUCAUCAUCAAGGUCCCAACAGUAUUUACAACAGUAGACUGCACGCGCAUAGUCAGAGUCAAAGUCCCCAAAUGGCGCCCAGAAGUCAUCAUCAUGUGCGAAUGUCUAUAGACGUCGGACACUCAAGUCCCUCUCACUCGGUGUGCGACGGGCGACAAAGACCUGUCAGUCCCCUGGUCACUGGCGGGGGAGGGGGUAAUAAUGGUCAGAACGAUUAUGCAGUUCCUAGUUUGUUUCAGAGCAACUCGGGGCAUACUCGUGACACGCUCAACAAUGCGGCUAUGUCUUCAGUGAACAAGACUCAGCCCGCCAACGGCUCAGUUGCAGUGUCUUCUACAUCACAGGGACAGGGAAACAGCAAUAGCUCUCAGUCUCAAUCAAACCACACACAUAGUUUAUCUCUGGGAACAGAUCCCCUGGGUAAUAAUAACAGUGCCCAUAGUCAGAAUCAUCUCAGAGCAGUCACCGGAGGGGUUGGGUCGCUAGGCACAGGUCCCAUCAGCAGUAGUAGCAGUGGUAACUCGCACCAUCACAGACCUUCAGUUCACCAUUCUGGGAGUGGGGCAACAGGCAGAAGUAGUAGUUUCAAGAAGGACGACAAAAUAUCCAGCAAGCUGAAGAAGGCCAUCCAGGAGAAGGUGUCGGGCAAGAGUGCGACCGGGGACUACAUGCAGGAUGUGGACUCGGACUGGUGUCGCUUCUCGGAUGCGAUGUUGAGUCGGAGUGCAGAGGCCAUCCGGAGACUGGGUCCGAAGAUAGAGCGGGACAUAGAUGUCGCAGAGAGACUCACGGCAGUCAUCUGGGAGAACUUGCGGAACCCUGUCAGCAACCCGCUAGUGAGACAAGACAACGACGACGUCUGCCACCCCUGCAAGCGACAGUAUCUCUCCAUGCACACAGGUAGGAGAUGUAUACAUCGCAUAGUGAAAGUCUACAAGCUAUUGGCCAAAUGUGGAAUCAGCAACCAGCUUCUUUUAUACACAGCUGUAGAAAAACAAGCCUACGACGUAGUCAAAUUCCUACUUCAAGAAGCCUCGGCCAACGUCAAUGGCGAGUACCCACCCGGAUCACGCAUGACGCCAAUCCUUUAUGCUCUGGACCCCUCUGGUAUCUUUGGCUAUAUCCAUGCUGGCCAGUACAAGCGCCGGAACUUAACUUAUUCCAAAGAGGACUUCAUGCGAGUAUGCAUCGAAGAAAUGAGUUCAGAACACGACCCCCACGCAGAGUUGUUUGAGAUACUAGUAGCGACUGGGUCCAAUUUGAACGUUAGAGAUCCGGACGGAAAUUGUCCAGUGCAUAGACUGGGAAUUUGCAAGUACGAGAGUUCAAAACACGUGGACACCAAGAUUUUGAAGAUCAUGCUAUCCUGUAAACACUUCGACAUCAACGCCAGAGGUGCAUUUGGCUAUACUGCACUGCACAUCUACGCGAUGAAGAACUGCGAGGAGGAAGCGAGACUUUUGGUGGAUAGAGGGGCGGAUCUGGACGCACAGAAUGACGACGGAGACACGCCACUGCACAUCGCGCUCAAACUGGCACAUAUCAAAAUAGCUAUGAUCCUGAUCAAGUCCGGCUGCGAUGUCAACAGACAGGGCGCACACGGCAACACCCCGCUGCACUAUUGCGUCCAGAGACCAGACUGGCACUACGUCAUCACGGAGCUGAUCAACAACGGAGCCAUUAUCAACAUCACCAACGACAAGGAAGAAGCACCAUUACAUCUAGCUGUCAAACACCCUCAUGUCUGUAUGCACUUAAUAGACAACGGAGCACUGGUGAACAAACAGAGAACAGACGGAUCAACAGUGCUACAUAUGUUCGCGAGAGCGGGUAAUUACGAGUGUGUGAAGAUGAUGCUAGAUGCGGAUGCAGACGCCAAUCUUCCGACUGUAGAUGGUGAGAUCCCUUUGCACUUGGCGGUGGACCACCCGAGGAUACUGAAGUUGCUGUUGAACUAUGGCUGUGACGUGGACAAGCAGGGCCUAGGAGGCAACUCUACGUUGCACUACUGCGCCGUCACUGGCAACCUCAGUGGGAUCCAAGCCUUAAUCCAGUGUAGCUCCAAUGUGAACCUGGUCAACGACACGGGCGACAGUGCUCUCCACGUGGCUACCAAAUUCCCGGACAUUGUUCGGUGUCUGCUGGAAGCACAAGCCAACGUCAACCUCCUCAACUGCAUAGACAGACUGCCACUCCAUUGUGCGGCCCUGGAACUGGAACACUGCGAGAACUGGUCUGCCCUGGUGGAGAGUGUGGAGUUGUUGUUGGACGAGGGAAGCGAUGUAUCGACUGUGGAUAGGUCCGAGUGCACGCCAUUGCACUACAUUACAGCAUUCCACCAUCUCGGAAGAUCAAGGUGCUCUGACUCAACAAUUCACACACGUGACUUCAACUACGAUCUGCUGCGUCUAGUGCAGAAGAUACUGGAGACAGACAACGGACUGGUGAACAGAAAAGACAGCAAAGGUUGCACUCCGUUACACAUCGCCAUCGAGAACGGAGACCUGGAACUGACCGAGGUGCUUUUAAAUCACCACGGGGAUCCCUACAUUCAAAACAAGUACGGCCAGACUUGUUUUGAUAUCGCCAAGACCUCACAUGUGAAAGAUGUGGCACCGGAGAUUGCGGUUCUAUUGAGUAGCAAAGAGGCCAUGAUGAAACACGGAGGCAUGAACUCCUAUGGUAUGCAUGGUAUGGGAAUGGGCGACGGGUGCUACGGGGGAGGAGGAGGGGGAGGCGGCAUUUCGUCUGUGGUAGUCAAUGGAGACCAGGUGCUGGGGGUGCUAGAAUGUCUUCUCGAGUCCAUCGAUGACGAACAAGAGCGGGAGGAACUUGGGGAGGCGGUGGGUGUUGUGAAAGGAGUACUGGACAAGUACGGUCUGCCCCCCAACUGUGUGCUGGGAGUGGGCGUGGGUGGAGUGGGUAUUGGGGGAGUAGGUGGUGCUGCAGGGGCGGGAGGGGGACUGUCGAAGGAGCACAGGGAGACUGUGAAGCAGGUGAGGGGCACUCUGCUGGAGGAGAUGAGUCCCCUCUACAUCAUUGAUGCCUUCCUCAACCAAAGUGUUCUUAGCAGCGGGGCGGCGGCCGACAUGAAAAGUGCGGGCAGCAGGAGACUUCAAAGUGAGCGACUUCUCUCCUUCCUCGUCUGCAGUCCAGACCAAAUGUUCGACCUAUUCUACAACACACUGCGACACACAAACCAGUCUCAUCUAGCUGACGUCCUAGCCCAACAUGCUCACUGCAUGUGUCACAAUUUCUCACACAGCAACAACAGCAGUAGCAGCAGUCAUUAUGCUUCUCACCACCACGCCCAAACAGGUAGUCAUCGAAACACAAACAACAACAACAACAUGGCGCUCCCCUCAGGGGCUGGUAUGCACGCGGCCACCCAAUCGCAGCACACUCACGCUGCCAACUACAACAUGCCCCCCUCACACUCUCCGUCAACAGAGUUAUUAAGCAGUAGUGAGAAUAUACCCCCACCCCCGCACCCCAACGUUGUAGGACCAGGGGGUGGUGGUAUUUCUACUCAAAUGAACGGAGUGUGCUCUUCACAAAUGGCUGCUCAACAACAUACAUAUUCCACUUCGUAUGCAAGAAGUAGAGCUCCGAUCCCGCCUCCCCCUCCUCCGCCCAUAGGAGGGGGGACCUCGACCAGAUUAGGAAGUUCAUCGCCCACUAAUAUGUCUGGUGGAGUCCUCUCAAUACACAACCCAGCCAAUUCCUUACUAAUGAGGCCACCAUCUGCUAGUCCCCCACCUACAAUGGGUGAAAGUUAAUGGAUGAAAAGGGGGGGGGCGAACAUUUUAGAUGUGACCCUGUUUCGGGUCUAUUGUUUCGGGUCUAUUGAUCCAUGAACUGAAACUUGCCGGUCAAGUUCGGAGUGUUGGAACCGAAUCUAAUCUUAUGUACAGUGGCUUUACUCUAAUGACAACGACUUGCAAGAAGUUCAACUUUAUCUUGUGUACUUUCAAAUAAUGACAGUUUAGGGACGGUUGUGUCCGGCCGGAAACAGCCGGUUCCCCUCAAAAUCGACUUAUUAAAUGAUGUUUAAUUCGUAAUCUAUCUCUAUUUUUCUCGCUUCUAUGCAUCUGUAGACCUAUCUCUUAAUGUCUCAGUGAUCCCAACUGUUACUAGUAAUUUAUGAGCAAACUUCAAUGUCAUAAACAUCAUGCUACCACACAAGGGCGAGAAUGUGAACCUAAUCGCAAUAGCUGUAUUGAAAGGGUUUAGUUCAAGGAAUAGAUGAAACAAGUUAGCUCGAAAAGGACAAUAAAGAUUGAGAUCAGUUUGAAGUAGAGACGGACGGAUGCAAUAUACGGUUUUCUUCUUCUUUUCCAUUUGACAUCAGCAGUGAUGCUCUGUUCUUUUAAUAAUUAAUUACAACAAAACAGUCCAUCGUCUAUUUAGUCCAACUUACAAAUUUAAAUAACAUUAAAAAUUCAAUUCUACUGUGCAAUGUUUCAAUUCAGUUAAACCCACCUUUGCUAUAUUUUAUUGCAGCAAUCCGUUUAUAGUGCAAUAUAAAGAUUUCUAUGUAAAUAAGUAGUCUUUUUAAUAGAAGAUAGCGCUCUUUUCAAUAGCGUAUUUGUAUUUUUAUAUUAGAUCCAUUUAUAAAUUCAAUCCAGCAAUGAAUUGCAAAAUUUGAAUCAAA